AUGUGGUGGAUGCUGUUUCCACGGUGGAUCUGUUUCCUGGCCAGCGCGCUGAUGUGGAUGCAUCUGCAGGUCGCGGUGCUGCCGCACGUCACCUACUCGCACGCGGGGAUUUGCCCCAACGACAUGAACCCGAACCUGUGGGUGGAUGCCAUGAGCACCUGCACCAGAGAGUGCCAGUCCGACCAGGAGUGCGAGUCCUUCGAGAAGUGCUGCCAGAACGUGUGCGGGAACCGCAGCUGCGUGGCCGCCCGGUAUGUGGACGGGAACAAAGGCCCCGUGGGGAUGCCGAAGGGGGCCACGUGUGCCAGCUUCAUGUGCACCCAGCAGGGGUCAGAGUGCGACGUCUGGGACGGUCAGCCGGUGUGCAAAUGCCGGGACCGCUGUGAGAGGGAGCCGCACUUCACCUGCGCCUCUGACGGAAUGACCUACUACAACAAGUGCUACAUGGAUGCGGAGGCCUGCUCUAAAGGCAUCAGCCUGUCGGUGGUCAGCUGCCGCUUCCACCUCACCUGGCCCAACACAAGUCCCUCUCUGACGCAAGCCACCACACUGCGCCCGACCACUGCCCCCCUACAGAUCACGCUCCCUCCACCUACUGAGCCAGAAGCCCCGGCACUGUUGAGCAGCCCCUCCCUGCAAACUGUGACAGUUGGUGACACUGCCAGCUUCCUGUGUGAGGUCACAGGUUACCCGCAGCCUGAGAUCACCUGGGAGAAGCAGCAGCCGCUCGGGGCAGAGAAGGUGAUCAUGAAACCGAAUCAUGUGAAGGGGAAUAUGGUGGUCACCAACAUCGGGCAGCUGGUCAUCUACAACGCAGAUCUGCAGCACUCUGGCGUCUACACCUGUACGGCCCAGAACCCGUCAGGGUCCGUACAAGCCCACCACCCUCUCACGGUGCAGCCCAUAGAACCAGCCACUCCACCGGCCAAAAAUCGAACUCGCUGCCCGCCCGAGGAGUGCCAGAAGCCCCCUGACUCCCCUGAGGAUUGUGAGGGCGGCGCAGACAAGGUGAGUUGGUACUACGAACCCAAGAGCAACAGCUGCUUCUCUUUCACCCACUGCCUCAGCAACCACAGCGGCCUGGAGAGCAGGGCAGCCCUGAGCAGCUAUGAGCAGUGCAUGCAGUGCUGUGGGCCGGAGCUGUCCGGACCAUGUGGCCUUCCCAGUCUUCAGGGCCCCUGCAAAGCCUAUGAGCCGCGCUGGGCCUACAGCAGCAGCCUGCGUCAGUGCCAGCCCUUCAUAUACGGUGGCUGUGACGGAAAUGACAACAACUUUGAGUCCAAAGAAGCUUGUGAGGAGCUCUGCCCCUUCCCCAAAAACCACCACUGCAAGGUGUGCAAGCCCAAAGGCAAAAUGGUGACCAGCUUCUGUCGCAGUGACUUUGUGGUGCUCGGCCGUAUGACGGAGCUGACUGAGGAGAAGGACUCGGGGCACGCACUGGUGACGGUGGAGGAGAUUCUCAAGGAUGAGAAGAUGGGGCUCCGCUUCUUUGGCAAAGAGCCUCUAGAGGUCACCUUCUUAAACAUGGACUGGAACUGCCCCUGCCCUAACAUCACCGGGGCGGCCGCAGAAGGCCAGGUCAUCAUCAUGGGCAACGCCCAGGACGGCAUGGCGGUGCUUCAACCCGAGAGCUACGUGGGCGCCUCCAGCCCGCGCCGCGUGCGCAAGCUGAAAGAGGUCAUCUCGAAAAACACUUGUGACAUUCUCAGAGCCAUCACCAACAGUCCCCAGUAG